GCGCGGCAGGUCUUGCGUGAGCAAAGCAGGAAGCGACACUGGAUUGACCUGACCGAGAGAGCCUCAUGUUUUCAAUAUGCCGAAACUUAACGAGUAGGCUGUUUGUUUUUGGGCGUUGAAGAAAACACGUGGGAGAAAUGGCAUAUAAAGAGGUGUCCGAGCUGAGGGAAUGAAGCGGUGCUUUUUAAACUAUCCGUUAUGGAAAUGGGAAAAGAAGAUAUUGUCGCUAAAGAAUGCGUGGUUUUAAUAAAGCCCAAGAGCCGUCUGAAGACACAGUUCCACUCACUGCGGCGACAGGUAUACUUCUUCCAGUCCAUCUGCGUGCUAUUCUGCUUCACCAGCUGCCUGUACAUGAUCAUCAGUCACGCAUACCCGUCGACGUGCAAGGAAAAUAUAACUGAGGCACCUAAAAUUGCAAUGCAGCGUCAGAGCAGCAAAGCAGUGACCCCGACACAAAUGAACACACCCAUCAUUCGUCUGACUGUGAACGGAAGUGGUUUGCUUAAAAACGGAAAUUUUGCUAAUAAAGAACAACUUGUGCCAUGGCAGCUUUCACAAGAAAAUCUGGCACCAAACCAUAAUGAAUACUUGACAUUGGAAAACAACACAUCUCUGAGGGUCAAUCAUGACGGAACGUACAAAGUUUCUUUGCAGAUCACGUACAGAGGAACCAAUGAAUGGAUGAAAACCACCGGUGGUAGCUCCACUCUGGAGCAUAAUAUUAAGUAUCACACUGACAGAUAUGGUAAUGGGGCCCUGCUUCUGCUCACCUACAUAGAAACAGUGACAUUUACAUCCCAAUACUGGAAAAAAAGUAUGUUCUCUGAAGGUAUUUUUUUUCUCCAAUCUGGUGAUAGACUCGAGGUAGGGACCAACAGUCUGCGCCUUAUUGAUUCUGGAAUAACUGCGGGGAAUGUCUUUGUGGUCUAUCCUCAUUUUUCCACAUGAGGAGAAUAUGACGAAAAUAAAAAAAACAAAAAUGACAUUCCCUCUGUGCUUUUCAUAAAGAUCAAAAGGGCUACCAUGAAUGAUGUAUCAUAUACAUUUGUCUGUCAUCUAAACCAGUUCUUUUUCUGUCAGCAGAAUAAUUUGGAUCUCAGAUAUAUUUGAGAUAUAAUUAAUAGCAAAGCCAUGUACAGAACAAAAAAAUAUGGUGGAACAGUGACUGUGUCACAUUUUAAUACCAGGGUAUUUUGAUAUAUUUGGUACUGGAAUAUUUUUUUCAAGAACAUGUCAAAAGAAAAAAGAAAUGCUCUUACCAUUGUGGGCUACUUUGGGUAUUUUGUAUGUUCUGCUUCAACGCUGCAUUUGAAAGCAUUGCAAUGGAGGAAAAUUCUAUUUUGAUUGAAUUUGUUCAGAAGAUAUAAAACAAUUUUUUUUUUCAAAGUUUUUUUAUUUUCCCAGUAAUGUCAAAGCUUUGUGUGGACAAACGUAUUGUAUGUUAUAAUAUUUAUGUCAUUGUAACCUUAUUUAUGGCUUUCGUAUGCUAUUUAUGUUCAAUAGUUAAGGAUUUGGGUUGCUAAUGCAAAGGUUACAAUUACGGUAACAUUACGGAACGAAGAAAAUGAUCACAAUCCUUAUACUGCGGUGUUUCAUCUCAUGCUUUUGAGGUACAUUAUGGGUGCUGUCAUUGGAAUUCGUAUUACUUUUUGAUUAAAAGGGUUAGCAGUUUCUUGAAAUCACCAAAUAUCACAUUUGUAAUGAUUUGCAUGAAAUAUCUUUUAUGUACACGAAUGCACCUUCAAAAUGACAUUAUUUCUCUGGCCAUAAAGCAUCAAUAAAUACUAUUACAUAAA